AUGAUUAACGAAGCAAAAUUCGAAUUGUUAAAAUAAAUUGAUUAUUGGACACAAGAUUUGUAAAAAUAUUAAAAAUAACAUGCAAAAGAGAUAGAAUUGUUUUAUUUGGAAAGAUUGGCAGUAUCAAUAAUAUAUAAAUUUAUUAGAUUACAAAUAUGAAUCUAUCAAAUAUGGAAUAGAUUAUUAGAAAAUAUGAAUAAUUAAAAAUGCUGUAUUAAGAAAUAACUAAUAAUCAUUCUUAAAAAUAAUCAGAUGACACAUUCAAUACAUUAUAUAAUAAAUAUUGUAAUGAAAAGAAAAGUAAGCAAUCUAUAGCAUAAUCUUAAAAGAAAUCAAUUAAUAAUAAUACAACUGUUUAAAAUAAAGGUAGAAACUCAAAUUAGAAUCCUAAUAUUAAUACAAACAAAGAUUAAAAAAUGAAUAAUUAAUAAUCAUCCAUUUAACCUACCUAAAUUAUUGAUGAAUACAUUGAUGAGAUAGAUUAUUAUGCUGAUAAAGUCACACAUUUAUAACAUAAAAUAGAAUAGCAUUCCCAUGAAGAAUUAUUAGGCUAAUUAAAUUAGUUGUAAUUAGAAUAAGAGAGUUUGCAAUCUGAUUAUAAUGCAAUCAUAGAGGAGAACGAAAGAUUGAAAGUAGACAUAUAGGACAAUCAAUAGAGAGUAAAUGAAUUGAGAGAAUUAUAAUUAUAAUUGAUUGAUGAAUUCAAAUAAUUUAAUUGAAUAUGGGUAAUUAGAAUACAAUCGAUAAUGGUAUUAAGACCUUCAUAAAAUCAGAGUUUGAUAGAGUUAAAAGUGAUAAUCAAAGACAACAUCUCAAAAUUUCUGAAGUCUUAAAACUCCAACAUCCAGAAAAUAAUCCAUUAACAUUUGCCCAUCUUGGAACUCUAUAUGUGUUAGAUAGCAAGCAUACAGGUUUAAUCACAAUAGAUUAAUUAUUUCACUUUGCUUAAUAUUGUGGAAGAAAUCUCAAAAAUGUUUAAGCUUAUGAAUUUUAAUCUUAACUUCAAGGAUUGUGUACAUCUAUGUUAUGGGAUCAAAUUUGCAAAAAUGGCAUUGAUCAUGUUACUGAAUGGUUUAUACGUCUUUUGACUACCAAUGAUACUGUUAUUACAUAUUAAAGUCAUCAGUUUAUUAAACUAGAAACUGUAUAAAUACUUUAUGAAGUACUAUAUAUUAAUACAAUAUAGUUAUCUAAUACUAAAAUCAUGUCAAAUAUUGAUAUUUAGUAAUUUGUUGAUCUAUUAUAAUAAGCAGGAGAAGAAGCAGGGCUGAUGUCUUUAGAUCAAGAAGAAUUAGAUGAGUUUGUUCCUUUGGAAAUCUGUAGUGAAUUCAUUAAAAACUUUUUAAAUGGAUUCAAGACCUUAAUGUUAGAAAUAGGUUUUUCAAAUAAUGGAAAAUGA